AUGGAACAACAGAAUUGUAACGCCCUUGCUGUUUUGGCGCGCGCAGUGCACAUUGCCAAUAAAAUUGUUAAGUUGACGAAACUUCCAAAUGCAACAGUUUAUCGUGUGUAUGAACAAUUUAAAGAGAAAAAGAUUGAUAGAAAAGAACACAAGACUCGAAGUGACUCCAAGCGCAAUCCAAAAUUUCUCGCUGGCCUCAAACGCUCAAUUGAAGGCAACCCAUCCCCUUCCAUGACACCUGUUGCAAAGAAAAGCAAUGUGAUUUUUGCCACGGUGUGCAGAGCUUUGAACAAGAACCUUGGUAUGACUAACUAUGUUCAGCAAUGCCGUCACCUCCUAACAGCCAAGGCCAAAGCAAUCGGAGCCGAGGGAUGUCCCAAGCUUCUGCCUUUCAUCAAGCAUCAAGGUUGA